AAUUAAGUCAUAAUUAUAGUAUGUGUCAUUAACUGAACUUUAAAAGAUAGAAUUAAAGACCAUACAAAAAAUAUAGACUACUGAAAAGAACAGGCAGUCGGUGCAAAAACUUGAACACUGGAAGCAAGCAAGCAAGCGAACCCGUUGAGCCCUAAUAAUCAUAUAAUCUUUAAAAUCCAGUAACAUCAACGCCAAUCCUCCCUCCAUGGCUUUGACAAUUCAUCUUCUUUAUCCAAAUCGUUUCCCUUCACAAUUCACAAACUCCCAAACCAAUUUGGUCCCUUCGAUGUAUACCUUCAAGAAUCAUCCCAAGUUUCACAAAGUCUCGUGCACCAACAACGACGACGACGACAUGAACGAUAUUGACCUGGCAUCAGAUUUUGCAACAGAGGUUGGAAAGAUGAACACCCAGAUGAUACAGAAAGAGGAAGCGUUGAAGAAAAGCAAAGAGCUUUUGUUCGUUGAGUUUUGCAACUACACGGGCUUGAAAUCGGAGGAAAUGAAGAAGAAAUGGAAGAAAUUCAGUGAGGAGGAACAAUGGGAUUUGGUUAAAAGUUUUGUUUUAGAAUGGGGUGCCCAUUUUCAUCCAUUAUCUGCUAGGUCUGUUAAAGAAUUAGUCGAUGAGUACUUAGUUGAAAACAUUUCUGAGUUCAAUUCUUCUUCUUCUUUUUUCCCUGGUCUCAAAAAAUUGAUGGGAUUUUCAGGGGAUGAUAAUGAAUAAAUUGGAUUUCAGUUUCCCUUA